CGCUCCCGACCUUGAAUACAGCCUGAAAAAUCAAAAUAAACAAGUGUGAGAAAGAAGCUAGUGACUGAAAACAGUUUGAUAUCUGUAAUACAUAUCUGUUCGUGUCAGACCUCAUCAUGUCGCAUAUGGAGAAACACUUAUUCAACCUCAAGUUUGCGGCCAAGGAGCUACAGCGCAACUCAAAGAAAUGUGAUAAAGAAGAAAAGGCAGAAAAGGCGAAAGUGAAGCAGGCCGUCCAGAAGGGUAACAUGGAGGCAGCCAGGAUCCAUGCAGAGAAUGCCAUCCGUCAAAAGCACCAGUCCCUUAACUUCUUGAGGAUGAGCGCCCGUGUGGAUGCAGUGGCAUCCAGGGUCCAGACUGCUGUCACACUGAACCAGGUAUCUAAAUCCAUGUCUGGGGUGGUCAAGAGUAUGGAUGCUACACUGAAAAGCAUGAACCUAGAGAAGGUGUCUGGAUUAAUGGACAAGUUUGAAAAGCAGUUUGAAACUCUUGACGUGCAGACUGCUCAGAUGGAAGACACGAUGGGCAACACCACGACUCUGAUGACACCUCAGAAUGAAGUGGAUAUGCUGCUGCAUGAGAUGGCUGAUGAAGCCGGUUUGGAUCUUAACCUGGAGCUUCCUUCAGGCCAGACUACCUCACUGGCCUCAACUGUGGCCUCAACAGAGCAGGACGAGCUCUCCCAGAGGCUGUCCAGGCUGCGAGACCAGGCGUUAUAAUGAUGCAGAAAAGAGCAAGAGUUGGAGGAGGGAGAGGAGCAAGAGGAGCAAGAAAGAGACAGGGAGCGAAAAGAGGAAAAAGAACAAACGAAAGGAUGCAUCAUGCCUGCAAAUCUGUGCUCUCUUUUUUGUUUGAGUUAUUUUUCUCUUCAAAGGAAUAAAGAAGUUGCCUCAAAGCAGGAGAGAAAUAUUUUAAGAGGUGUUUACAGUCCUGGUAUUAACUGCAUCACUCUAAGAUAGCAUUCGUUUGCACAUUCUUAUUUAAAAUGUAUUUAUUAAUAUUUAUUAGCUCAGCAAUAACACUAUGCGAUGUGUUAAUUUGUUGUUGUUUUAAUUGUGUAUUGUUUAAUAGCCAAUACCUCAUUUCUAAUGGGCUAUUCAGUAUGCAUACCAUGCAAAGACCAACAUAGUUAUUUAUGUAUGUAUUUGUACCUUCACUGAUGGAAAAUUGUUAAGGGCAUGUUUUGACUGCAUGACCGAGGAGCUCCCCCUGUGCAUCUCUGUGUUUUGCUUUCAGUUUUAGCUGCACUGUUGUAACUCAAACUUUU